AUGCACCAACAUCUUGCAUGGGUUCUAAGUGAACAAGAUUUCAUAGUUUGUGAUAGAAAAACUUCUCUGCAAGCAACUAAAACCCAACAACUAUGCACUGAAAAACAACAACAAAAGUUUGACAAACUCUCCAACGCGCAAACCACACAACCAGCAGUCAACACGAUCGACCUAACAAAAGCCGUUGUAAAUUUGUCAAACACUACACUGAGUGCAGCAGCGAUAAGCAUUCUUAGCAAAGGGUUGAACUUUGCACCCACUCCUCGACGUGUGCCCAUCGAAAGUCUGAUUGGAAGUGUGGAAGAAUGUAUUGCUCGCAACAAAUUCAACAGCAUCGACACUGAAACAAUACGACAAGACAUAGCGGUCAUGGUAAGGCGAACAAAAAUACCAUCGGCAAGCAAUGUAAGUAGAGAUGAAAUGUUAGCUUUGAAUGAAUUGCGCAGAGAAGAAAACAUACUCAUUCUAUCUGCUGAUAAAGAAAAUGAAGAAAUGAUGGUGAGUUUUGUUGUUGAGUCACUUUUUACGAAUGUGCCAGUGCAGGAAGUUCUUGUCAUCAUCCGUGAGCUUAUCUCAACCGCCGGCAUCAAUGAAAACUAUUUGCCUCUUUUGGAUUUCUGUCUCUCUUCGGGCUAUUUCUGCUUCAACGGACAAUUUUAUUUGCAAAAAGAUGGCGUCGCUAUGGGCUUGCCCUUAGCUCCAUUGAUUGUAGAUAUUUGGAUGGAGAAUUUCAAGAAAAAAGCUCUGAACAGUUCUAUAGAAAAACCAAGAGUCUGGCUGAGAUAUGUGGAUGACACUUUCUGCAUUCUCAAAAAUUCCGCCAUUUUGAAUUUUCUAGAACACCUCAACUCACUACAUCCAAAAAUAAAAUUUACAAUGGAAAAAGAAAAAGAAGGUUCCAUUGCAUUUUUGGACGUAAAAGUGAUGCGCAACCAAAAUGGCUCCUUAGGACACACGGUUUACCGAAAAAGCACCCACACUAACCGAUAUCUUCAUGCUGACUCCCACCACCAUCCAGCAAAUUUGAGAUCCGUCGUUUCCACACUUUUUCAACGUGCUCAGAGAAUUUGUGACAGCGAUCAUCUCAGCACAGAACUUUUGUUGUUGGACGAAGUCCUAGAAGCGAAUGGCUAUAGUAAAAAGCAAAGAUCGUGGAAGCCAUUUUCGUCACAGGAAAAGAAAGAGAGCCAACUCGACAAAAAAGCUUUCCUGCCUUAUGUAAAGGGUGUAACCGACAGAGUGGGAAAAAUCUUAAAGAGAUAUGGUGUAAAAUCCAUAUUUUUACCACCCAAAAAGGUGAUAACUUACCUAAAAUCACCAAAAGAUCAAUUUCCCCUCGAAACACCCGGAGUGUAUGCAGUACCAUGCAGCUGUGGUUCUUCAUAUGUUGGACAGACUCAGAGGAGUAUUGCUACACGCCUGAAAGAGCACAUUAGCGCUGUUAGCAAAAAACAAAGGGAAAAGUCUGCCAUAUGUGAGCAUAUACUUGAUCAUCCAGAUGAACACCACUGGAUCCAUUUCGAUCAAGCCAAGGUUCUAGCAAAAGAGCCUCACUAUAUACCGCGCCUGGUUCGUGAAGCGAUUGAAAUAAAACGACACCAAAAUUUCAAUCGGGACGACAGUUUUAAGCUUUCUCGUACGUGGGACCCUUUAAUUAACUCGUCACGGUCUAUACAAUUGCCGCUUCACACCAACAAGGAUACAGUGAGUACGGUUUGCUCCCAACUUGCAAGCCUACAACAAAACACGGAACCUCCUACGCCCCGCUACAACUUGCGUAGCCAAAAUCGCUUAUAA